AUGAAACUUGGGCCAAGUUUGAGGGCAGUGCAAAGUUUAAGGCUGCUUGCAACAAUAAGCAAUGGUCUCAUUUCUGCUCAAGAAAAGUACUUGAAAUUGCCUAUGCUCGGAUCCAGGCUAGGCAAAGAUGAGUUGGUGAAACAUUUCAAAGAAAUGACGUAUCCGAUUGAGGAAUACAGUGCGGUCUGUUUCAACCCAGCUCGUAGCGGAUCGAAGACCACGGUUGAAACCGUCAUGGUCGAGUCGACUAAAACUUUUACUACAAGAAAUCCAGCUGAUCAUUAUGACAACGAUGAUGUAUCUCCUAAGGUACUGCCAUUGCGUGAAGUGUUACAAAAGUCGGGGUUAAGGUUUCCUACAAAACUCAAAAGAUGUAGGAAGCGUAGAAUAGCCAAACAUAUAGGAUAUGGGAUCAAGAAAUACAAGAGUGGUGAUUGUGGUGCAUCGGCUUCAACAGAAGUGCCACUUAGUAAGUUGUUUCAAAAGGAGUUAGCGAAGAGGACAAGUGAGCAUUUGAGAAACAAGAGACGUAAACGAGCUUGUGAUGAUGAUGAUGAGAAUCAUAUGGAUUGUCAUGAUGAUAUUACCAUUGCUCAGUUGAUCAAAUCUAGAAAAAAAAACUAG